CAUCAUCCCAUAACUACAACAUUGUACAUCCUAAUUUCUGUUUAGAACAAGUCAUCUGUUUUCCUUCCAUUUUGAAUUCAAAAUCUUCUUUCUUUCUUCUUCCGUAUUACCUUCCACAUCUUUUCUCCCUUUUUUUUUUAAUAGGAAAAAUGUUGAAUGAUUUUGGUCUCUGAAUAUUGUUUGGCCGAGAGAAAGGUGAGAGAAAAUGUUGCAGAGAGCUGCGAGCAAUGCAUAUUCUUGGUGGUUGGCCAGCCAUAUCAGAACAAAGCAGUCAAAAUGGCUGGAACAAAGCCUCCAAGAUAUGGAAGAAAAGGUGGCAAGUAUGCUUAAACUCAUUGAAGAAGAUGGAGACUCAUUCCGCAAGAGGGCAGAGAUGUAUUACAAGAAGAGGCCGGAGCUGAUAAACUUUGUCGAAGAAACUUACCGGGCUUAUCGUGCCUUGGCUGAGAGGUAUGACCACAUAUCAACGGAGCUGCAAAAUGCCAACAACACACUUGCUUCUUGUUUUCCAGAUCAAGUUGCUUUUUCAGACGAUGAAGAUGAUUAUGCCUCCCCAAGGAUCCCAAGAAGGCCUACAGAGAGGCUAAAACCAAGUAAUAUCCCCAAAGUUCCAGAGGGCUCACCUAAAUAUUUGAAGGGCCUCAUAACUUCAGCCACAAAGAAACUGCAGCCUAAUAAGGCGACAAAGGCAGUGCCUACGUCUACUGUUCCUAAAUCUGGAAUAAGCAAGGAGGCGGGACUUGUGAAAAUUGACAAGCUUCAGAAACAGAUCCUAAUUUUGCAAACGGAGAAGGAAUUUAUGAAGAGCUCAUAUGAGAGUGGGUUAGCAAAAUACUGGGAAAUCGACAAGGAAAUUGUAGAAAUGCAGAAUAAGAUUGGCAACUUGCAAGAUGAGUUCGGUGCAGGUAAUGUGAUUGAAGAUGAUGAAGCUCGAACCUUGAUGUCAGCGACGGCUUUGAAAUCAUGUCAAGAGACACUAGCCAAGCUGCAAGAAAAUCAUGAGAGAUUAGUUGAGGAAGCAGAAGUGGAAUGUGAAAGGAUAAAGGAUGCUAGGCAAAAGCUAAGGUCUAUCAAGCAAGAGGCUCUCCCGGAUGAAGUUGGCCGAGAAAAGCCACCUGUGGAAGAUGAACCUGUGAAAGCUCAAGAAAAAUUGGAAAGCACAGACCAAGAAGGAAGCAGAGUGUCUCAGGACAUGAAGGACAUGGAGACGUUGCAUGAGAAGAUAAAGGAACACUUUGAGGUUAAGUUUAGUCAAGCUCUUGAUGUGUCAGGGAUGGUGGAGAAGAUCGAUGAACUUGUGAACAAGGUGGUUAGCUUAGAAACUGCAUUCUCAUCACAAACAGUUCUUAUGCACAGAUUGAGGACAGAAAGCCAUGAACUUCAAGUUCAAAUCCAAACCUUGGAGGAUAAUAAGGCCACACUAAUCGAUGACAAAAACAAUUUGAGCAAGAAGUUGAAAGAAAAAGAAGAAAAGCUGUGGGAGUUGCAGGAUUUGAACCAGAGUCUUAAAGACCAGAAUAACAAUCUCCAAACGCAUUUUACUGAAGCACAAUGCAACCUUGAGCACUUGUCUGAAAAGUUACAAGGUGUGAAGCUCAAUGUGGAACUUGAAGUCACAGGUGCAUUAACAGGCAAAAAGAGCUCUCAAGUUGAAGCCAAACCAAAUAGGGAAAUGAUUCCUAGUGAUGAUUUCAAGAAGCCAGACAAUGUGAUAUCAAAUGAGGAGCUUAAGGUUGUGCAGGUUGAGGAGGAGCUCAAGGCCCCGGCUGAAGUAAUGUCGCAAAAAGAUGAGCAAGAAAAUGGGAAGAAGCCUACUAACAGCCAUGAUAAAGAGCAAGUUGUGAAGGCAGAAGAGGAGGUCCUGGUCCCAAUAGAAGCCAAAUCCCAGGAUGAGAUUGAUGAGCAAGAAUGUCUGAAGAAUCCUACUGAUGGAAGUGAAAAAGUUCAGGUUUUGAAAGCAGAAGAGGAUGUCAAUGUCUCGGGUUCAUUAAAAAACGAGAAAGAAUCCCUAGUAGAAGUUGGCUCGACAAAAGGGAUUGAAGUAGGACAGAGCAAUCUUAAGCAGGAUGAUGUCUCAACAAAGGGUUUAGACGUCAAUAUGGAGAGAAAAGAUAAAACUUCUAGAAGUUAUGGAGAAGGUGCACACUCUGGACUUCACAGGCGUUCAAAAGGAUAUCAAGAAGUGAUACUACAUGACAAUAUUGAUUGGCAAGCUCCAUCCUUUAAAGUAGUCUCUCCUGUAUUUUCUGAAUCAGGGGAACAAGAAACAAUGGAAGAGGAUGAGCCAAAUUGGAAGCAGAUGUUCUUGAAUGGUGUUGAAGGAAGAGAAAAGACGUUGUUGGGAGAGUACACAUCAGUUCUUAGAAGCCUCAAGGAGAUGAAAAGGAAGUUCAGUGAAUUAGAGACCAAUAACCAGAACAACAUCUUUGAGUUUACAUUGCAGCUAAAAGAACUGAAGAGCUCAAACGCCAAGAAAGAUGAAGAGAUUCGAUCUUUAUGUAAGAAGCUGAGCCUUUCUCAAGUAGGUGCUAGUGAAAACAAUCAUCUUGACCACCACCAGUUCAAGGAUAACCAACCUGUUGAUCCUGUAGUGACUUCUGAGAGAGCAGCUGUGACUGAAACCAUAAUACUUCUUCCAGGAGAAAAAGAAGUAAAAGAAGAAACUAAGUUGAUAUUCAUUGACGAAGCUCAAACCAUUUCACCAAUUGAAGAAAAACUUAGGAUGAGCAUUGAUGAGCUGCUAGAGGAGAACUUGGAUUUUUGGUUAAGAUUCAGCACUUCAUUCGGUCACAUAAAGAAAUUCGAAACCUCAGUGAAGGAUUUAUUAUCUGAGGCAUCGAAACUUGAGGAAAGAAAGAAGCAAGAAGGAAGUAGCACUGGAAAAUACUUUCUGAAAUCAGAUGCACGACCAAUAUACAAGCAUCUGAGAGAAAUACAAACUGAACUCACUGUCUGGUUAGAAAAGAGUGUAAUUCUAAAAGAAGAACUCAAGAACCGUUUCUCAUCUUUGUGUGACAUUCAAGAAGAAAUAACAAGGGAUUUGAAGAACAGUGCUGAAGAUGAUGACUUCAAGUUCACAAGUUACCAGGCUGCAAAGUUCCAAGGUGAGGUUCUAAAUAUGAAACAAGAGAAUAACAAGGUUGCAGAUGAAUUGCAGGCAGGUAUAGAUCACAUAACAACUCUCCAGCUUGAAGUUGAGAGGACUCUAGCAAAGUUGAAUGAGGACUUUGGGUUAUCUGAAACAAAGAACCAUCCUGACCAGUUGCAACACUUAGAAAGCCGAUCUCGGGUUCCUUUAAGGUCAUUUAUUUUUGGUGUUAAAGCCAAGAAGCAAAAGAAUAAAAUCUUAUCUUGCGUGCCCCCUGCACUAAAUAAGAAGUACAAUGAAUUAAAAUCAGGAUACAAAUAGGUAAAACUGUGUCAUUAUGUUUGAGAGUUCCUACCAUGUUUUCUCUUGAUUAUAGAAUAUUUAUAGCUUGUAAUUAUCAGAACGAGAAGAAUAUUUUGUUAAUUUCCAUAGUUCAUUUUACUUAAUGGAGAUGCAUUUCACAGCAUUAUCGCAUUUUAAAUUUACAUUUAUGUCUUCUUAAUUUAAAUGAACAGUAACUUCACAU